GGAGUUGCGGCAUUUCGGCGUUGUCCAUCGAGAGAGAGAGAGAGAGAGAGAGACUGAGAACAUCUGAAGCUUAAUCAGUUUUAGGGUUUUGUUUUCGAGGAAGAGAACGUGAAGAGGAGAGUAGCUCUGCUUCGUUAGAUCUUCAAAAGUUGGAAAAUUUUGUGUUAAAGUUUGUGAUCUGAGAUGGAAAGAGACUUCUUGGGUUUGAGUGGGAAGGAAUCGUCGCCGGUGGUGAAGGAGGAGAGCAAGGAGCAAUCGAAAGAUGCCGCGUUCAUGAGGGGUUCAGGAAUGCAGUGGCCCUUCUCAAACAAGGUCUCUGCCCUUCCUCAGUUAAUGUCUUUCAUGAAUCUGCAAGAAGAUAGGGCAAAAAAGAUGGUAUUUGAUCCCCUGGCCUCCUCUGCAUUUAUGCCUACUAUAUCAACAGCAGAUGCGUUUGAUGCUAUUCACAAGCCGACUUCAAGCAUGGUCCAGAAAAACUUCAAUCUUGACAGGCAAGUGGGUACUCAUAAUGCAGUGACCACUUGCCCUGUGCAACAUGUUGAUGCACAUCGUCCACACGAAGUUAGGGCGAUUCCAGCCUCUAACCAGAGCAUCUCGGUUUCUAAGAACAACCCUUUCUUCAAGACCCACCUUGCUGCCACAGGCCAAAACUUGCCUGCUACUUCUUUGAAGCAACAACCAUUUGGAGGAAUUCCGCAUGCAAUUUUCCCUGCUAGUGGUUCUAUUGAUUUAAGGAACAUCUCAAAGCCCUCAGGGACUCAAUUGACCAUCUUUUAUGCUGGUUCUGUGAUCACCUACGACGAUGUCUCUCCUGAGAAGGCUCAAGCAAUUAUGUUUUUGGCUGGAAAUGGAGCUUCCAUAACCAACCAAAGAUCUCAAAUGCCAGUGCCAACCUCAAAACCAGCAGUAUCUGAAGGUGUUCAUGGGCAAGGGAACCAGUCCCAUUCCACACCCCCAGGCCUUUCAAGCCCUAUCUCUGUUACUUCGCAUUCUGGUACUCAAUCAGGUAGUGGGUCUAGCAACAGUGACGAGGGGACGGCUGCAAAAUCAAAAGGAACUUUGACAGGUCCUAGCAGCAGCCAAGCUGAGGCUCCUGUGAUGGCCGCUCCUAUUUCAUCUGCUGCAACAACUCCUCUCGUGCCAACUGCUGUGCCUCAAGCCCGUAAAGCAUCAUUGGCUCGAUUUUUGGAGAAGCGCAAGGAGAGGAUGAUGAGUGUGGCUCCAUACAGCCCCAGCAGCAACAAAUCAACAGAAAGCACCACAGCCAGCAAGGAGCAUUCAUGGUGUGUGGCUAACUAAGAUCAAGGCUUACGAUGCCAAGUUACUUAUACAUAAGAGAUGGAAGCUGAAGAAGGAAUCUCCUCCUUUUCCUUUUUUUCUCCACUUAAAUUUAAGCCCUAUAUUUUUGUCCCCUCUGAAAAGGAUAUUUAGUCUCGAUUCUUUAACCUUUGAAUGUGAUCGGAGCCCUUUUCGUCCGGCAACACUUUGUAACCAUUUUAAAUUCCCGUGAUAUUGUAAAAGUUGAAGUAAGAUAAGCAUAACAACACAUUUUCCUCAA